AUGACGAUGCUUCGAUCAGUUCCUCGUCGAAUUCCUCGACGUAUUCCUUCUCUCACUUCGACUGCCGGCAGUCCAUCUCGCCUUGCCUUGCGCUCGUUCACAUGCGGUUAUCCGCGGAUGUCGGCACCAACGUUGCCCCCCGUUGAACCCCUCGUGUCAUCCGCACUGCCGGGCGAUUCAUACCAACUUUUGUCGACUGCUGACAAGGCUGGUGCUGCUGAAGAUGCCUUGUAUGAGCAACAGAUUAAAGAUGUGGAAGCGUGGUGGGCGUCACCGCGGUUCGAGGGUAUCAAGCGGCCCUAUUCAGCCGCAGAUGUCGUUAGCAAACGAGGCUCGCUGCAGCAGACCUAUCCCAGCUCGUUGAUGGCAAGGAAGCUUUUUAACUUGCUGAAUGAGCGAGCAGCUGAGGGGAAGCCAGUUCACACCAUGGGUGCCAUUGAUCCUGUACAGAUGACCCAGCAGGCGCCCAACCAGGAGGUUUUGUACAUUUCUGGCUGGGCAUGCUCCUCUCUGUUGACUACUACCAAUGAGGUGUCUCCUGACUUUGGUGACUAUCCCUACAAUACUGUUCCAAAUCAGGUCCAGCGAUUGUUCAAGGCCCAGCAGCUGCACGAUCGGAAGCAGUGGGAUGCUAGGCGGAAGCUCACGCCCGAACAAAGGAAGGAUACACCCUACGUCGACUACCUACGUCCAAUUGUUGCAGACGGCGAUACAGGACACGGAGGACUGUCAGCCGUGUUGAAGCUGGCUAAGCUCUUUGCAGAGAAUGGCGCUGCGGCUGUUCAUUUCGAGGACCAGCUUCAUGGUGGUAAGAAAUGUGGUCACUUGGCUGGCAAAGUCCUUGUGCCUAUUGGAGAUCACAUCAACAGGCUUGUCGCGGCACGUUUCCAGUGGGAUCUGAUGGGAACCGAGAACCUGGUCAUUGCUCGUACGGACUCGGAGAGCGGGCGUUUGAUUAGCAGUGCUAUCGAUGUGCGCGACCACGAGUUCCUUCUCGGUGUUACAGAGAAUGUGGAACCUCUCGCAGAGACCUUGCAGGCCAUGGAACGAGAGGGAGCUGCUCCUUCUGAAAUCGAUGCGUACGAGAUGGACUGGGUUAAGAGACACAAGCUUGUCACUUUUGAUGAGGCUGUCGAUGCACACCUCGAAGCGGAGGGUGCGCCUCAGUCCGCUCGCGACGCAUACAAGAAGCGUGUUCAAGAGAAUCCCGAUCUUUCUAUCUCUCGUCGCAGGGCCCUGGCAGACGACUAUUCCCAGACACCGGUGGUUUGGUCCUGCGAUACCCCCCGCACCCGGGAAGGAUUCUACCAUUACCGUGCUGGGUUCGCUGCUGCCACUAAGAGAGCCAAGGAGUUCGCACCUUACUCGGAUCUUCUUUGGGUCGAGACUGGUGAUCCGGAUGUUGCCAAGGCUGCGAAGCUGGCAGGUGAUGUGCGCGCUGCGCACCCUGGCAAGAAGCUGGUCUACAACCUGAGCCCGUCAUUCAACUGGAUGGGUCAGGGCUUUGAUGAAGCUUCUCUGAAGUCCUUCAUCUGGGAUCUAGCGCAACAUGGAUUUGUUCUGCAACUGAUCUCUCUCGCUGGGUUGCACACCAAUGCAACCAUCACGACGGAGCUCUCGCGCGCCUUCAAGGAUGAAGGCAUGCUCGCCUAUGUCCGCAUGGUCCAGGCCCGCGAGAAAGAACUGGGAGUGGAUGUGCUGACCCAUCAGAAAUGGAGCGGUGCUCCAUACCUGGAUGGCAUUCUUGGGGCUAUUCAAAGUGGCAGCAGCAGCAGUAAGAGUAUGGGUGAGGGGAACACCGAGAAAGGCUUCUAA